AUGUCUUUGAGGAGCGGACUUCUUCUGCUGAUGGUGCUGAUGGCAUCUGCCUAUGAACUGGAUCAGAACGAGUCCUUCGCGCCCAGGAGAGCUCGCUUCUCCUCGAACAGCCCUGCAGAUGUGGCGCGCUGUCUCAACGGUGCCCUACAGGUCGGCUGUGGUGCCUUUGCCUGCUUGGAGAACUCAACAUGUGACACAGAUGGCAUGCAUGACAUUUGCAAGUCCUUCCUGUACAGUGCUGCUAAAUUUGACACACAGGGAAAAGCCUUUGUGAAGGAGAGCCUUAAGUGCAUUGCCAAUGGCAUCACCUCGAAGGCAUUCCCCUCCAUCCGCCGCUGCUCCACCUUCCAAAGAAUGAUCUCGGAUGUCCUGGAGGAGUGCUACAGCAAGCUGGACAUCUGCACUGUGGCCCGCUCCAACCCUGAUGCUAUUGGUGAAGUGGCCCAGCUGCCAAGUCACUUUCCUAAUAGGUUUUAUGGAAAGCUCCUCCAGAGCCUCAUGGACUGUGAUGAGGACACUGUGGAGCGCAUCAGGACCAGCAUGGUGGCGCGUCUGGGCCCAGAGAUGAGCAUGCUUAUUCAGCUACUGCAGAAUAAGCCCUGCCCAUCCACUGCUGUGGCUGCAGCUGCCGCCAUCCCUACUGGGGUGGAGGGCCGUGGGAGCUGGCGGUGGGCCAUGGGUCCCCAUAUGUACAAGUUUCAACCUAAUCUGCGCAACAGGGACUCUGCCAGUCACUAUGGCAAAAAAAGAUCCAUGGGCGACUCCUAA